UUUUUCAUCUGUCCUCAUAAUAAUAUUAGUACAAAAUAGACACUUGCUGGUUCUCCUAUUUUUCAUUUGAUCACUGUACAGUAUUCAUCUAUUUGCUGUUAUCAGUUUCUGAUUUUGUGCAAAUUAAAAGAUACCCAUGUUAGACUCUUCCAUCAAGUUGGUAUUGAGUUUGAGUUCUCUUUUUUGUUUUGGGUCAUGACUGAUGAGCUUUAUUUUUGGUGCUUAGCUGAUAUUCACACUUUAUUCGAAUUCUUGAUGAGCAAAUGGAGAAUACAUAUCUUCCUAGCAUCAUCGAAAACUGCAGCGGCAGUGAAAUUACUCUGUUAAUUUUGAUAAUUCAGGUUGUCUUGGCACCAUUGACAAGGCAGAGAUCAUACGGCAAUGUUCCUCAGCCACAUGCUAUCCUCUAUUACUCACAAAGAACCACAAAAGGCGGUCUUCUAAUAGCAGAAGCCACAGUAAUAUCUGAGACUGCUCAAGGGUACAAAGAUACACCUGGUAUAUGGACAAAGGAGCAAGUUGAGGCCUGGAAACCAAUUGUAAAUGCAGUCCAUGCCAAAGGAGGAAUCUUCUUUUCCCAAAUUUGGCAUGUCGGCAGAAUUUCCAACAAAGAUUUUCAACCCAAUGGACAGGAUCCUGUCUCCUGCACAGACAAGCCAUUAAAACCUCAAAUUCGUUCCAAUGGCAAUGUCGCACAAUUUACACCACCGAGGCGGCUGACAACUGACGAAAUUCCUCAGAUUGUUAAUGAUUUUCGGCUUGCUGCUAGAAAUGCCAUUGAAGCAGGAUUUGAUGGGGUUGAGAUCCAUGGAGCUCAUGGCUAUCUAAUUGACCAGUUUAUGAAAGACCAAGUCAAUGAUCGAACUGACAAAUAUGGAGGAUCUUUAGAGAAUCGUUGCAGAUUUGCUCUAGAAAUUGUUGAAGCAGUUGCAAACGAGAUAGGAGCUGACAGAGUUGGAAUAAGGCUUUCCCCGUUUGCUAACUACAUGGAUUGCGUAGACUCAAACCCAAGUGCUUUGGGCCUUUACAUGGCUGAAUCCUUGAAUAAAUAUGGCAUUGCUUAUUGCCACAUGGUUGAGCCUAGAAUGAAAACCGCUGGGGAAAAGUUUGAAUGUCUUGAAAGCCUUGUACCUAUCAGGAAGGCAUUUAAAGGUACUUUUAUGGUAGGUGGUGGUUACGAUAGAGGAGAUGGAAACAAAGCUUUAGUUGAAGACCGAGCUGAUCUUGUUGCAUAUGGACGUCUAUUCUUAGCCAAUCCAGAUUUACCAAAACGAUUUGAGCUUGAUGCCCCCCUCAACACGUAUAACGUGGAGACAUUCUAUACACCUGAUCCCGUUGUUGGCUAUACUGAUUAUCCAUUUAUAGAAACCACGGCGUGAUGCCAAGGAAGGAUCGGGUACCCUUUUUUGGGUUUAUUUUUGGUUGUUUUGGGAGAAGUGAUCAAUUAAUAAAGAUUUCUAGCACUUUCUGCACUUGAAUUCUGUAUGUGUCUUCAUCUUAUUUAAUGAUAAUACAUGUGUUCCUCAUACUAGUAGCCCCUUUUA